GGGAGGCCGACUCAAGGGCGCUUGCGCAAGGCGAAAGCUGGGCGGGCUGGUGGGCGGAAAGCGCGGCGAGGUUCUUCCUUCCCAGCCGCGAAGCCCAGGAGGGGAGCCGCCCGCUUCCCUUUUCUCCGGGAAGCUCCCGCCGCCGCCAGCAUGUCGGAGAGGCUCAGCAAGCCGACGUGCCUGAUUGUGGCCAGCGCCGCUGCUGCAGGUGUAUCAGCUGACUCCUUCUUCCACUCUUUUACAUUGACAAGCUCUGCUUUUAAUCUACAAGUUGCUACCCCAGGGGGGAAGCCAAUUGAUUUUGUUGGGGUUAAUGAAGCAAACAUGCGUUGGAUCCAGGAUUUCCGUAUGAAAUCCUACGCAAAUCCAGCCAAAUUGGAAUCAACUGAUGGUGCAAGAUACCAUGCUUUGUUGAUCCCUGACUGUCCUGGUGCUUUGACAGAUCUAGCAAACAGUGGCUACCUGGCUAGAAUAUUGCAGCAUUUCAGUUCGGAGAACAAGCCUAUUUGUGCUGUUGGAAAUGGAGUUGCUGCCUUAUGUUGUGCCACGAAUGAAGACAAAUCCUGGGUGUUUCAAGAAUACAGCUUAACGGGGCCUUCUGUCUAUGAACUUGUAAGACUUCCUAGUUUUGCCAGCUUACCCAUUAUUGUUGAAGACUUUUCAAAAGAUUCUGGAGCUACUUUUAGUGCCAGCAAGGUAGAUGCAGUUCAUGUCGUGCUUGACAGACACCUUGUCACUGGACAAAAUGAAAAUUCUACUAUUGCAGCUGUGCAGAAUCUUAUUUUUCUCUGCAAUGGCAGCAGAAAAUGACGGAAACAUCCCUGUGACUGAGCAGAAUAAAUGAACACGGAAGAGUUAAUUUGACUUGUGAACAUUGCUAAUCUUUCAUUUAUCAACCAAUAGAAAAGAACACAGCUGAUUUCUAAAGUUGGUAUUUUGUAGCUCAUGAACAAGCAAAUAUUAAUUCAUAUAGUAAGGCCUGCCUGUUAUCAGAUGUACCAGUAUUCAUAGAUUUUCAUAGUUUGUAUGAGUCUAAGAAUAUUUCUCCCUACCCUCCCACUUUCAUAAACUAAGGAUAAAUUGAUUUGAAAGAUUUCAGUCACAAUUCCAUGUUUCUGAACUUCCAUCAACUGUAAUGUGUUUAAAUCUUUUCUUCUUAGGUACAUUUCCCAUUAUGCCUGAUCUGGCCAAAACCAGUGUAAGAUCUGGGCUGAGUAAGUGAUCUGAUAAGUCAAGGGUGAAUCAUAUGUUAUCAUUUCAGAUUGUGAAUUAAGUUUCAAGCUGUAGGACUAUAUAGUGACUUUUUCUCUCUCAUAUAGGAAUAUAUAGUAUAUUGUAAAGGUUACAGUGAAAGUUAUUAAUGAUAUUACUAGUAACAGAAGUUGUGAACUUCAAGAAAAGGAACGAUUUAACUGUAAAAAUAUUUAAUUUUAAAAUGGGACAGGUUAAAUUUAUUUCGUAAGAGUUGGUUAGUAUUUUCCAUGUGUUCAUUUGUUGUAGCAUGAUAAUAGUGGUUCAUUUAUUUUGCCUACUAUAGAAAGCUUUUGAUUUUGAUUAAAUUCGGGUUUUAUUUGCUUAGCGAUUAGCCAUAUUUGUGUAUAUAAUUUUUUCAUUUUAUUCUUGAAAUAAAUCAUUGUCAAUAUGAAAGCUUCAUACUAAGCUUAUUAACUAUA